AUGAUGAAACGUGAAUUUACAGAUUCUCACUGGGAUGAUGAUGUAACUCACACUGAAGAACUAAAUUUGCCCUCAGUGUUCGACCCAAAACCAUCUGUAAACUUUGCUUUGGCAGACAAUGAACUUGUGUAUUUUGAAAAAUUAUUUGACGAUUCGAUGAUACAACAGAUCUGCUUUCAAACAAAUUUCUAUGCCAAACAGAAGAAUUGUGCACAGUGGAGGGAACUCACAGUUCAGGAACUAAAAGUUUUUUUGGGUAUGAUCAUCCAUCAAUUACCUGAAGCAGCCAGUUGCUGGAGCUCAGACCCAUAUCUAAAUGUAAAUGCAGUAUCGAAUGUUAUGACACUUGCUCACUAUAAGAAAAUAAUAGAGAACCUUCAAUGCAAUGAUAAUUUGUUUCAGCCAGCAGCAAACGAUCCUGGUUAUGACAAGUUGUACAAAAUCAGACCACUUAUCUCAGCCCUAAACAAAAACUGUUCGAAAGUAUAUCAUCCUUCUACUUCACUUGCAGUUGAUGAGUCAGUGGUUGCAUUCAAAGGAAGAACAAGCCUGAAACAGUACAUGCCCAUGAAACCUGUAAAAAGAGGUUACAAAAUUUGGUGCCUUGCUGAUGCAAACACAGGUUUUAUUUCAAAUUUUGAUGUCUACACAGGUAAAUCUGCUGCCAGUAGAGGGGAAUUCAAAGAUUGCCAAAUGUGUGAAAGAGUAGUGCUGGAACUCUGUAAACCAUUUUUUAAUUCCAAUAGAACUGUGGUUUUUGAUCAUUUCUUUUCAACAUUUAGACUAAUGAAGGAACUGAGAAAACGGGGGCCUUAUAGCUGUGGUACCGUCAGAGGAUACAGAAAAGGUCUACCUCCAUGUUUUGCGAGUAAAUUACGAAGUCUAAACCAUGGAGAGUUUACAUUUGCUGUCAAAUCUGGUGUUGCUGCUGUUAAGUGGCAAAAUAGCAAAGCAGUCUGUCUCAGCAGUCUGUCUCCUUUCCACUGCACAUACUCCUAA